AAACAAAUCGAGUGAGUGAUUUAGGGUUUUCCUUAGCUGAUCCUCCAAAUAAUUCAAUACUUAACGGCUAAGUAUCCAAUUAUUGACUUAUUUCCACUUGCUGGCAUCGAAUGCCGCUCGAUUCAACCUUGUCCAGUUUCCGAGAGCAGUAAUUUAACCGAGAAUUUCUGAAAAAAUGGAAACCACAGUACCGGAGGUACCCGCUGGCGAGACAAACCAAAGCGUCUCCACUAAAGAACCACCAAACGCCGACAGUGGCGAUGCCGAGAUGUUUGAACCGGUGCCGGAUGAUUUGAACGAUUUUAUAGUUAUUGACGAGGCAGAAAUAACGGACGAUGAGGGUGGCGAUCGUCGAAAAGAUGGCGGUCCGCCUUCGGAAGACGAACAGGAGUCGGUGCAGUGGGAUUGCCCGGCACACCUGCUAGCACCCCGCACGUACACGAAAAGGGACCUAGAGCCAACCGAACGGGACCCGCGGUGCAAAAUCGAUUGGCCACUGGGCACGUACUGGCCGGUUUAUGUGGGUAACUUUCGGUUAUUUCGUAAAAAGGAUAGUGAUUUUAAUUGCUUGAAUGCGGUUCACAAGUAUUUCGCUUCUAAGGGUCUACCUUCCUUUAUGGUGUUCCGGUUGAAAGAUGAUUUCUUUAAAGACUAUCAAAAACUGGUUGGUUUUUAUGAUUUUCUGGUUUAUUUCUGCUGCUUGAAAGAUGCCAACCGUGCCGUUCAGUGGUGUCAUAGAGAUCUGUAUUACGGCUAUAGAUUGAAUGUUUAUAGCGGUCGGGUUCCGGUUUAUUUUUCAACGCAAAAGGCUUGGUUCUUCAAGGCUAGGCAAAGCGAGGAUAGACUUGAAAGCGAAGAAAACUUGGAAAGUUAUUUUAGUAUGUACGAGGAAGUAGCGGCAAUAUCCAAGCAGGAUUUUGACGGUGUUUACGUACAAUUCAGUGCGAAAACCCGUUUCCGAGAUUUUCACAAAGAUCGCUUUGGCAUAUCUCCCAUUCUGGAGCAGGUUCAAAGACAGCGCUACAUCGAACAAGACGUGGAAGCGGAAAUAUUAAAGGAAAUAAAGGACAAUCCAAAGUUCAUGAACCGUCGUACUCCGCCGUACUUAAUGACCCCCCUAAUGCACGGUGUCAUACCGACAAUGAAUCGCAAUUGGGAGACGUCAGAGGAACUUGCAGCCAUGAAUCCUGAACUGCUGCCCCCGAAGGUUCAGGAAGCUUACAACCUUUUGCUCGAAAUCGAGAAUCGAGCGCUUCUGAAGAACAAAAAAAAGAUUUCGGUUACCGUCACAGAAUGGUUAAAACUCAAACCUGUCCGACAGAGACUGCCUCCUGAACGAUUUCAGUUUCUAAUACUACCCGAUAUUGAGGAGCAAAGGGUCUACAAAAUGUCCAAAUUGAUGGGUAAAAUGGGUCUACCAAAAGCAUUUGGCGUUCGAAACAAGUACUCCAACAGGUUAGAAACAUUUAACAGGAGGGGUCCGUUCAAAAAACAAGGUCCGCAGACUUUAGCCAAACAAAUGCCGCCACUACAACGCCAGCGUACCCUUGCCGCCAGUUACCCUAAAAACCAGCAACACCAACAACGAGAAACGCCAGCAGCUGCGUCUAACUCCUCAAACGGUAGUCGCAGAGUGAUGCCGGAGGGAUUGUCACAUAAACAAGCUCGGCGGUGGAAUCGGGCAAGACGCAUUCCCAAACAGGAUGGAGUCCAGCAAGGAAAACAGCACUCUCAUGAUGCAACGCAAAUGGAUACAAUUAUUAUUGAUGAUUGAAGCUAAACUGUAAAUGAAACACGUGCGAAUUUGAU